AAACAACCCAACCAAAUGUCAUCCUGGUUCACGUGUUGCUGUUAUCUUCAACUUUUUUUUCAAACUUGAAAAAGUAGUCCCUUCUUUUGGUUGUGAUUACCUAGUUUCUUUCCAUAAAAAGUCUAAUUUAUUUUGUUCCAAUAAACAAAUUACUCCCUUAAAAUGAGUGAUUCACUAGAAGUUCUCUACACAAGUGACCUUAGCGAACAACAAUGGUCAUGUUGUGCUUGGGACUACAAAACCGCCACCAGUUUAAUGGUCUACAAAGGUGGUGGUUCGGUAAAUGCAAGAUGUUUCUGUUUCGUUGCAAACAAUCACAUAAUCACUGCCAAUAGUGCCAAACCAUUAUUCCAUGUCUGGCCAAUAAACAACCAGGAACAAAUUUCAUCGGUUCGUUUUGUUGCCCCUGGCAAAGCAAAUGCCCUUGCCAUCAGUCCAGAUGGCAAUUAUCUUGUUGCAGGAAUCCAAGAGACAUUGUAUAUAUGGCAAAUAACAUCGGGAAGAAUGUUGGCAAAUCUUUCCAAACAUUAUCAACCUGUUACAUGCAUUAAAUUCACUGACGAUGGUUCACAUUUUGUUUCGGCUGGGUUGGAUGGAGGAGUUCUUGUGUGGAACUUGGCCCAAGUCAUUUGUAAUGGAGACAAUAAUCAGGAACCAUUGUAUGCUUUCAAUGAUCAUGGUCUGUCGGUUACCGAUGUACACAUUGGAAGUGGUGGUAUGCGUUCCUACUUGUAUUCUGUGUCUCUGGAUAGAACUUGUAAAAUCUAUGACUUAAGUUCGGGGAUUUUACUGUUGAAUGUUGUCUUCACGGAGAGUCUGAGCUGUGUGGCUUCGAAUGGACUGGAGACAUCAGUUCAUGUUGGAACGACAGAAGGACAAAUAUAUGAGUUUCAUAUCAACUCUAUUCCCAGGACUAAGGAAUACCAUAUGACUAAGGAGAAUAUGAACAAAUAUCUGGGACACAAAGGUACCGUGUCUUGUAUUGCCUUGUCAAUUGAUGGCGAGACUCUUGUGUCGGGAGGAGAAGAUGCCCAAGUCCAUCUGUGGCACAUCCCAAGUAAGCAACUAAUCAGAACCCUAGCUCACAGAGGACCCAUAUCCAAUGUGACUCUCUCAUUGAGGAAACUAUCUGACUUUGGCCCAGAGAACACAUUCUUGAAUAUGUUCACCAACAAUCUUAAACGAAUGAUGGACUCAGCUAAUGCAGAUGAGUCUCAUACAGUCGAAGUUCUAGUCGAAGAGAAUGACGACGAUGAUUGCCAACUCCAUCAACAAAUCAAGCAUACAUCUACAAAUGGAAUGACCACCCUAACAGGAUCGAAUACAGAAGAAGUCGAUGCGUUGAGACAGGAAAUUAAAAAACUCAAAAAUAUUAACAGGAAAUUGUUUUCAAUUUCAACCAAAAAUAUACUCAAUAGUUAA